AAUUAGAAAGGAAGCAACUUUAUCAUCUUUUGGAUUCUAUAUAAAGAGAGUAGUACUAUACUAGUAGUAGUAGUGCGUGGUGAAUCGGAAGAGCAGAAUUAAUAUGGAGAUUAUCGAGUGGAAUGAUAUUCCGGUGGAGCUUCUGCUGAGGAUUCUGUCUCUGCUAGAUGAUCGGACGGCGGUGGUAGCUUCUGCCGUCUGCCGCGGCUGGAGAGACUCCCUUUCUUGGGGCAUCACUCGUCUCUCUUUAUCUUGGUGCAAGAGAAACAUGAACAGUCUGGUCCUAUCGCUGGCUCCCAAAUUCACAAAACUGCGAUCUCUGAUUCUACGACAAGAUGCACCUCAGCUCCAAGACGACGCUGUGGAGGAAAUCACGAGCCAUUGCCACGAGCUGCAAGAGUUGGACCUCAGCAAGAGCUUCCUUCUUACAGACCGGUCUUUGUAUGCCAUAGCUCGUGGCUGUCCCGAUCUCGAGAAGCUCAAUAUAAGUGGCUGCUCGGCCUUCAGUGACUCUGCCCUCGGAUACCUAACUGGCUGUUGCAGAAAAUUGAAAUUCCUAAAUCUUUGUGGAUGUGUUAGGACUGCCUCUGAUAGGGCUCUAAAGUCCAUUGGAUGCAGCUGCAACGAAUUACAAUAUUUGAACCUUGGUUGGUGCGAUCGCGUUGGUGAUGAAGGCAUAAUGAGCUUAGCCUAUGGCUGCCCCGAACUCAGAGCUAUCGACUUGUGCGGUUGUGUUCUCAUAACUGACGACAGCGUAGUAGCUCUGGCCAACAGCUGCCUUCACCUGAGGUCCCUAGGUCUGUACUACUGCCAGAACAUCACGGAUCGAGCCAUGUACUCGCUGGCACAGAGUCGGGUGAAGGGGAAGAACGAAGGGUGGGCGUCUGUGAGGAACAGGUACGAGGAGGAGGAAGGCCUAACGAAUCUGAAUAUCAGCCAGUGCACCGCCUUAACGCCUCCAGCAGUGCAGGCGCUGUGCGACUCAUUUCCUGCUCUCCACACGUGCUCCGGUCGCCAUUCUCUGAUCAUCAGCGGCUGUCUCAGCUUAACAUCGGUGCACUGCGCUUGUGCUGUCCAGGCACACCGCGGCUCGACUGCACUGCCUCGCUUAGCUCACUGAAUUCACCUUGUUUGUAUGAUAGGGAAGGACAUGGUUGAAUCUUUUUAAACUGCUUGAUCAUGUACAUAACUUUCUUUGAAUAAUAGCCAUGAGAUCAUCCAAAAUUAGGAAAAUAUUUAGAUGGCUACUAUUGAUCAGAAAAUGAAGUGUAUUUAUGCAGAGUUCAACAAUUUACAUGCUAUCACCUAACUAAGA